AUGGGGAAAAACGACUUUCUCACACCUAAGGCAAUUGCCAAUCGAAUUAAAGCAAAAGGACUGCAGAAGCUUCGGUGGUAUUGCCAGAUGUGCCAGAAGCAGUGUCGUGACGAGAAUAGUUUCAAAUGCCAUUGCAUGAGUGAAGGGCACCAGCGUCAAAUGCAAAUUUUUGGACAAAACCCAACUUGCAUAAUUGAGGGCUAUACUGAAGAAUUUGAGACUACUUUUCUUGAGCACAUGAAGCGUAGCCAUCGAUUUAGCCGUGUGGCUGCGACUGUAGUGUAUAAUGAAUAUAUAAAUGAUAGAAACCAUGUUCAUAUGAACUCCACUGAGUAG